CAACUGAACAACUCUGUUUCUGUCCUCUCAUUGACUUAUUUAUUUUCCCGCAGUUGAUCAUCAUGAUUCAUCCGUACUACGUACAGACUUGCUAGAAACUUUUCGCUCUCGUUGUAGUUGUCUGGGUGUACAUUCAGAUGAUUAACUGAAAACAAACUCUCGCUCACACGCCCACACACACAAAGCGCGCGCACGGCUCGCUAACAGGUGUUUCUCUCUCAUGGCUCUGUGCUGAGACUGUGACUGAAUGCUUCGUCGUGGGAUGCCGCGCAACGUGUUUGGUGUCUGGAGGAACAUCUCCGUUAUUUGUCGAAAUGGUAAGGUAGUGACAUUAUCAAGAGACAGGUGCGGUAAGACCCCAGGCAACUGAAUGUUGAGCCGUCAAAGGACUUUAUCUCCGAAGAAAAAUGAGCGUUGAAGAGAUGCGCCGUCACCUGCAUAAUUUUGUUUUGUAUUAACGCCGUUUUAAACUCUUUUCUGGCGAUCUGUCACAAUGGUGGUCUCUGGUGUAUGAAGACUUGGAUGUGAGCUUACGAGUUAAAUAUUCCCCUUAAGAAAUUGUGCUGUGGAGUAAGUGGGGAAACGGAUAGUGUCCUCUGAAAGUUUGGUUGUCGCACCGUCAAACUGGCCAUGGCUGCAGCGAUCGCCAGCUCCCUGAUUCGGCAGAAGAGGCAGGCAAGGGAGCGUGAGAAAUCCAACGCCUGCCGCUGCGUGAGCAGUCCGAACAAAACCAAAGGAACAUGCGAAAAACCCAGUCGUCUAAGUGUUUUCUCCAGGGUCAAGUUGUUCGGCUCCAAAAAGCGCAGACGACGACGACCAGAGCCCCAGCUGAAGGGGAUCGUAACGAAGCUGUACAGUCGACAGGGCUUUCAUUUGCAACUCCAAGCAGAUGGAACCAUUGACGGCACUAAAGAGGAGGACAGUGGUUUCACCAUGUUCAAUCUCAUCCCAGUGGGCUUGCGAGUGGUGGCCAUCCAGGGAGUGCAGACCAAACUCUAUCUGGCCAUGAACAGUGAGGGCUACCUGUAUACAUCAGAACACUUCACACCUGAGUGCAAGUUUAAGGAGUCAGUGUUUGAGAACUACUACGUGACAUACUCCUCCAUGAUCUAUAGACAACAGCAGUCGGGCAGGGGCUGGUACCUGGGCCUGAACAAGGAAGGAGAGAUUAUGAAGGGCAACCAUGUGAAAAAGAACAAGCCUGCUGCACACUUCCUCCCCAAGCCUUUGAAAGUGGCCAUGUACAGGGAACCCUCUCUGCACGACCUGACGGAGUUCUCACGUUCUGGCAGCGGGACACCCACUAAGAGCCGGAGUGCUUCCGCUGUGCUGAACGGGGGCAAAGCUGUGAGUCAGAACGAGUCAACGUAGCCUGGUUUACCCGGCCCGGCCCGCUACCUUACGCCUUCACCAAAACCUCUGAAUGCUUGAGACUUCACACAGACUUCUCUCCAAAAAAGCUCUCAGUGGUUCAGGACAACAUGAAACACAACAUAACCAUCCUUCACUUUACAAACUAGAGUAACAUUUGAUUGGACUUCUUUAUAAUUAGCUUGUUUAUUUAGCUCAUUGUUGUUGUUUUUCCCCCACCUUUAACACUCUCAUUAAUGCCUUUUCCAUGUGAAAAAAAACAAUUGUAGCGUUUCAUACAGUGGGACGUUUGGUUUUAGUCCAUCUCAGCAGUCAAGGUUCAUUUACUAGCAUUGCAGGUCCUGAUGAAUUAAUACAUUUGUUAAGAGUUCAGGGCUGUAAGUGAGGGUUUAGCUGCACAGGUGCAGUGGAAGAAAGCCACUCUUGUCCUCCAUGCUUCCUGAGUGUGAAGCUAAUAGAGAAGAGACCAUUCCCCCGUGUGUGGGGGGAGGGGACUGUGUUCAUGUGCACUCGCUCAGAGGGCUUGCUCUCUAGCAUGGGAAUAUAAAGCCUACGUUCUGCUCACAUGAAGAGAGAAGCUGAGCCUCUCAGAAGCAGGAGGCUUUGGCUUGCUAAUUGUUUGAAUUAGCUGUGAGCUUGUCUUACUUUCUCUUCCUCUUGUUCUUCCCCCUCAUCAGUGUUUUUUGAGGUUUAAACGGCGACUGGAGAUCUGGCGCACCAAAGACAGAACUGUAAGAGUUUCCCCUCGAGCUGCCAGACCACACUGGUACAUAUAUAUGUAUAUAUACACGCAUGACAGGACGGGAAUGAUGAAUAGGUUUUUUUUUGUCUGAUGGGAGUGAUUAUUGAGAGGUUUCAGUAUUCAAGGAGAUGGAUGUGUGGUUAAUUAUGGCUGUUUGACCCCUUUUGUCUCGUUUGCGUCCCGUCAUCUCUUUUCUAGGUUCCUUAAGUCUGUGUGCUUGUGUUUUUGCCUUUCCCGCCUAUGUCGUCUCUUCUUUGGUCAAUGCUGGUCACCGAUACUGGUCCCACCUGGACUCCAUUUUGUGUAUUACUUAUGGUGGUGACAAUUUUCUAUAUAAAUGAGCAAACAAAAAAAUUAUACUGUGGAACUUAAGUUGGUUGCAUUUUUUUAGGGUGUGUCUAAUUUGUAAAAGUAAAAAAAAAAAAUACAAAAAAAAUCUUGUACAGGGCAUGUACAAAUCAGGUUGUAUACAGUAAGGACCCAUUUUGUGGGCUGCAGCACAGUAUAUAUUAUUUCCCUCGGGCAACAUAACGUCAUACAUGCUAGAGGGGGUUUCUUCUCUCUUCUGUUUCCUUCUGGGUUUCGUUUUUCUACAGUAUCUGUUGCAUGGGAGACUGCAGAGAGGUCAGGAAUAGAGCUGCAUGAUUUAGGCUAAGUGUAUUAACUCCUCCCUGGAUCAUAUGUUCAAAACUACCAGGAUAAAAACUGGCAAACAACAUGUACGUACUGACUGACACUCUGUCACGUACCUUCAAGUUGUUUCUUAUUUGUUGUGUACAUACAAUGCACUGAAUAAAAUGUUUAUAUUAAGAUAUACUUUUAAAA